AUGGCUCCAUUCACACACAUUGUCGUCGGCGCUGGCUCCGCAGGCUGCAUCAUCGCAGCUCGAAUUGCUGAGAAUGCCGCAUUCAAUGUGCUUCUCCUCGAAUCCGGCCCUGAUUGCCUCGAGCCAGAGGUCGCAUUGGGCGCGAAGAAUGCGCGGCGGGUGCCUAUGAAAGGACAGUCGGAAAUCUUCAAUGAUCGCAUCGAUUGGAACAUUCGCGUGGAACUUCCGGAUGGCAGUGAUUCUAUGCAUGUGGCGCAAGCCAAGGUGGUCGGCGGAGGCAGCAGCAUCAAUGGCGGGACUGCGUUGAGGAACAGCGUACGCGACUGUGCGGAGUGGGUGCAGCUGGGCAACGAUGCGUGGUCGUGGGACAGCGUCGAGCCCGUGUACAUCGCACUGGAGCGAGACGAGGCGAGUGGCGCGAAGAGAGUCCACCCGCUCUUGACACGCACGCAGCCCGAGCACGCCGGAGCCAUCCAGAGGGCAUUUGUGGCUGAUGCCAUGGCCUGUGGUUUACCGUGGGUCGACGACCUCAAUGCCACCGGCGUGGAAGGCGUUGGAUCGUCGCCCGUCUGCCGCCAGGGCAGUCAGCGCAUCAGUGCCGCAGACACUUUCAUUCAUCCCAUUCGUCACCAGCACAAUUUCCAGAUGUGGCCCAACACUUAUGUCGAUCGCAUUGCUUUCUCGCAUGGCAGCGCAGUGGGUGUCGUGCUCGAUGAUCAUCGCCACAUAUCUGCCAGUGUGGAAGUCAUUCUCGCUGCCGGUGCUGUCUUUUCCCCGGCCCUGCUCCAGCGCUCGGGCAUCGGACCCUCUGCUCUACUUUCAUCCCUUGCGAUACCUCUGGUGCAAGACCUCCCCGUCGGACAACAUCUGGCAGACCACCCCUGCGUGCCGGUGGUAGCAAGGCCGAGAGCAGGAUCGUAUAUUGAGACGGACUUCUCUCUACAAAUGCAGGCUCGUUGGUCUUCCUCGGCGGCUGCGAGAGCGCUGGAUCUGCAGCUGGUCUGCUUCAGCUACCUGUACGCUGCUCCGCCAUCCAGCUCAUCAUCCGCGAGUCAGCGGAGUCUCGGUGGAUCGGCAGCAGGCCACGUCGCAGGCAUCGGUUGCAACGUCAAUAAGCCCACCUCCCGCGGCACAGUGCAUAUUCAAAGCCGUGACCCGCACAUGCAACCUGUCGUCUCGCCCAACUACUUGACCACUGCCCUAGACCGCGCCUGCGCACGUCAGUGUGUGCGCCUAGCACACCGCAUCAUCACGUCCGACUCGAUGCAACAGCAGUUGUCGCCACCUCUGGGGCUGACCACCGAUAUCAUUGCUUCAGACACGUUGCUCGACGACUGGAUCCAAGCCCAGUAUUCCAGCACUUAUCACUUCUCGGGCUCCUGUCGCAUGGCCGCUCACCAACAGGGGGGAGUUGUCGACCAGAGUGGACGAGUGUAUGGAGUGAGCGGGCUUCGAGUGGCGGAUGCCAGCGUGAUUCCCACGAUACCGGCAGCGAACACCAUGUGGACGACGAUGAUGUUUGCCGAGAGGAUUGGGCGGAGUGUGAGGGAUCGAGAGGCCAUAGUAGCGGCUGUCCCGCCCGAGAGUUCCGUGCCCAGAACACGGCUGUAA